AUGCCUUCCGACGAAAAGUACCAGGCUGGAGAGCAUUACGGAGAUGCAGAAAAAGAAUCUACAAACUACUUUGCUGACCCUACGAAGAUCGCGAAAGAUAUCUUGAAAGACGCUGUCGGCCUCGCGGGCAAGGUCACUAUCCGAGAUAUUGUAAGCCUCAUCGAGGAGUUAGUACAGGUUGGACAGCCCCUUGAUGACAAGAAAGGCAACACCGAGCUCUUGAUUGGCAUUUUGACCGCUCUCCCUUCCACGUCGAAUGCUAGAGUCCAGCUUACCAACAAGCUCAUUGACACCCUUUGGGAUAAUCUUCAGCACCCACCACUGAGCUAUCUCGGGGGUGAUGUUAGGUACGAGGUUGUUGGCUCUUCAAAGUCAUCUAGCUCGCAAAAUACAGUACCUAAGCCUGGCGAUGCCAUCGAGUUCAAGGCACCAGACAGCGAUGUUAUACUACGUGAGCAGAUUCCGCUUGCUCCUGACGGCCUCCACCAUUAUCGGACGCCUGAUGGGAGUUAUAACAAUCCUAUACAGCCAAACCUAGGCAGGGCAGGCGCUCCUUAUGCCAAGUCGGUGAGAAACACGAAGCGUCUUGCCGGCGUCAGGCCUGAUCCUGGUCUGCUAUUUGACCUUUUGAUGGCACGCGAUGAUGAACACUUCAAAGAGAGCCCGGCUGGUAUCUCAGCCAUGUUUUAUUAUCACGCAACUAUCAUUAUCCACGACAUCUUCCGAACAAGCCGUACGGAUAUGAACAUAUCGGAUACCUCGUCGUAUCUCGACCUAGCACCCCUUUAUGGCUCUUCUCUCAAGGAUCAACUAGAGAUUCGCACCAUGAAGGAGGGUAAACUGAAGCCCGAUACCUUCCACGAGAAGCGGCUGCUUGGUCAGCCUGCGGGCGUUAAUGUCAUGCUGGUCCUUUACAGCCGCUUCCACAAUUACGUUGCAGACAUUCUACUAAAGAUCAACGAAAAUGGGCGCUUCACGCUAGAGUGCCGGCCUGAUGCUAGCCCAGAAGACAAGGCCUGUGCUAUCGCUAAGCAAGAUCAUGACCUCUUCAACACAGCUCGCCUGAUCACUGGUGGGCUGUAUAUCAAUAUAUCUUUGCAUGACUACCUGAGAGCCAUUACAAAUACGCACCACUCCAACAGCGACUGGACCCUAGAUCCGCGUGUCCAGAUCGACAAGCAAUUUGACGGCGAGGGCACACCGCGCGGCGUUGGCAACCAAGUCAGCGCCGAAUUUAACCUGCUAUACAGGUUCCAUUCAUGCAUUUCUAAGAAAGAUGAGCGUUGGAUAAAUGACUUCUUCCUAAAGCUCUUCCCAGGCCGUGAACCGAGUGAGCUAGAGAACGUCAGCUGGACGGAGCUCGGCCAAGCUUUGCUUACCUUUGAGAAUAAUACUCCCAAAGACCCGAGUCUUCGUACCUUCGACGGCCUAGAGCGUCAAGCGGAUGGUACAUUCAAGGACGAGGAUCUCGUGCGAAUCCUCAAGGAAGCCAUGGAUGACCCCGCUGGCGUCUUUGGCGCACGCACGAUCCCCAAGGCCCUCAAGGUCGUCGAAGUCCUAGGAAUUAUCCAAGGCCGCAAGUGGCAAGUUGCAUCUCUAAACGAGUUCCGCGAAUUCUUUGGGCUGAAGAAGUGGGAUAAGUUCACCGACAUCAACUCCGACCCGGAAAUCGCCAAUCUCCUGGAGAAGCUAUACGCAGACCCCGACAUGGUAGAGCUCUAUCCGGGACUCAUGAUCGAAGAUAUCAAACCCGUCCGGAACACGGGCUGCGGCAUCCAGCCGACGUAUUCACUGGGCCGCGCUGUGCUGUCUGACGCAGUCACCCUUGUGCGCUCGGAUAGGUUCAAUACACUUGACUAUAACGUCUCCAACCUAACAAGCUGGGGUUACAAUGAAGUACAGCAAGAUAAUAAGACCUUAGGAGGGUCUAUGGCAUAUAAACUAAUCCAGCGCGGUCUUCCCGGCUGGUUCCCUUACAACUCAGUAGCCGUUAUGCAACCCUUCUACACGAAGAAGGCCAACACGGCCAUUGCCAAAGAACUCGGCACUAUCGACCAAUAUACCCAGAACGAUCCACAGCCACCCCGGAAACCUGUUGUGCUCCUCACCAGCUCAGCCAUCGAGCAAGUCCUCAGCAAGCACACAGAAUUCCUCAUCCCCUGGGCCUCGCCCCUCAACGAUCUGUUCCUAGGCAAGAAGGACAUCAGCUGGUACAUGUUAGCCGGUGACAAGCCGGAAAAUGAAGCCAACCGCACCAAUAUGCUCAAGGCGAUGAGUAAAGUCCCCGAUAUCAGCGGUGCUAUUCAGAGGUUCGUCGAGAGCGCGGGUUCGAAGCUCAUCCAGAAGGAGACGUUCCAGCUCAAGAAGGGCCUCAACCAGAUCGAUUUGAUCCGCGACGUCGCCGUGCCGCUCAACGCACAGCUGCUUGCCGAUCUAUUCUACUUCGACCUCAAGACUGACGAGAACCCGAACGGCUCGCUUGGUGCCGCGGAGCUGUACGAACAUCUACUGGAUAUCCGUAUCUGGGGCGUCAAUAACAACGACCCCGGACAGGCUUGGAAUCGCCGCCGCAAGGCGCAGGAAAGCGCUAAGAUCAUUAUUGAUACCACGAGGAAGCUUGUCGAUGAUGUCGCUCGUUCGCAGCACAUCUUGCUUCUCUCGGUGGUUUCGGACACGAUAGGGCGGAAGGCCAGUCUUAAGCAGGGCUCCCUGCGUUCUUGCGGUUAUAAACUUGUCGAACAGCUCUUGGAUCAUGAUAAUGCCGAGAGAGUGACUGACAUACUAUGGCUUACUGCCUUUGGUGGAAUUGGAGUUGUUGUUACGGUGUUCUACGAGAUUAUGGAGUUCUUCCUACGCAAAGAGAACGCGUCCAUCUGGGCGGAGAUCCAGGCCCUCGCGCAGAAAAACGACAACGAUACCAUUCGCGCCUAUGUCCUCGAGGCUCAGCGCCUCACGACCACACAGCGCACCAUGCGUGUCGCAACUAAGGCGGAUGAACUCGAGGGAAAGAAGAUUCAGCCGGGUAACUAUGUCAUCUUGCUGCUCGGCGAAGCCGGCCGCAACCCCUCCGAUGUCCCCAACCCGUCCAAAUUCGACCCGAAGCGUGAACGCGGCCCCGUGUCGCCGUUCAGCUACGGGCAGCACGAGUGUCUGAUGACGCACCUGAUCCCGAUCUUCCUCGCGGGCUUGGUCAAGCUCGCGGCUGAUCUGAAACAACUACGCCCCGCGCCGGGACAGAUGGGCCAGGUCAAGACGAUUCAAGUCGGCGCCGAUAAGGCGUAUCUGAAUGAUAGUUGGUCGUAUUUGGGCUUUGAUGCUAGCACAUGGAAGCUUCACUUCGACGGCCACGGACAGGGCGGCUUCGAGGGCGAGAGACAGCCUACUGCGGCGAUGGAGCUGCAGGAGUAUUACCACAGGAUCCAGAAGGCUAAGGAUCAGUUGUUGGGUUAA